AUGGUUCUUGGUAUAGGUCAGGGUGGUCCUCGCGAAGCUUUGGUUGAGGAGGUAAUGGAGAGAACGAGAUACGAUGAACUAUCACGCACGGUUGAGCAGCUCGCCGGUCAGGUAGCAACCCUGUUACAACGACAUGAGCGCCGUCAUCCUCCUACUGAUGAGUCCAAUUCAUCUGAUGAAGAUGACGAUAAUGAUACUGAUAACCCUUUUGCUGGGCGUGAGCGUGAAUCUAGGAGUUGGGAAUCAUCAUUCCGCAUCGAAAUUCCUGAGUUUCAUGGUAGCGGGUUGACACCAGAGGAUUGUAUCGACUGGUUUUCUACUGUGGAGGAAGUUCUGGAAUUUAAGAGGGUUCCUGAUAAUCGAGUGGUUCCGCUUGUGGAUACACGCUUUCGGGGUAGGGCUGCUGUUUGGUGGCGUCAACUGAAAGCUUCCCGGAUUCAAAAAGGUAAAACUCCUAUUUCUUCCUGGGCAAGGCUUGAAAAGUGUAUGCGUUCAGCCUUUUUUCCAUUUAACUAUACCAGAGAACUGUAUAUUCGUUUACAAAACCUUCGUCAGGGUUUUCGAUCCAUUGAUGAAUAUACGAAAGAGUUCUAUGAUUUGGUCACUCGGUCAGGUAUUGCAGACACCGAUGAUCAGCUUGUCUCCCGCUAUAUAGGUGGUCUGCGUGAGACUUUCCAGGACACACUAAAUAUGUUUGAUUAUUUUUCUGUGUCUGAGGUUCACCAACGAGCUCUGCGUUUGGAAAAACAAUUAUCCCGUAAGUCAAUUAGAGCAGGUGUUGGCCGUCCUACUGUUACUCCUUCACAGAUUGCUUCCGCUCAACAGAAUGUUAGUACGUCUCAGAGGCCUGGUCCUAAAUGCUACCGAUGUGGUGAUCCUGGUCACUUGGCGAACGAUUGUCGUAAGGCUGGUCGACCUGGCAAAGCCUUACUUGUAGAGACUACUGUUGCUGAUGAUGUCUUUGCUGAUGCGGAGGAGACAUCAACUGAGUUCGAUGAAGUAUUUCUGCCAGGGGACCAAGGUGACUGCUUGAUGAUUUCUCGACCAUCGUUCCUGACGCCGAAGGUUGACACUGAUGAGUCAUGGCUCAGAAAGAACAUCUUCCAGACAACGUGCACCAUAGAAGGCAAAGUCUGUCGAAUGAUCAUUGACUCAGGAAGCUGUGAGAACGUGGUGUCUGAAGACGCUGUGAGAAAGCUCAAGUUAUCAACAGAGAAACAUCCUAGUCCGUACUCUCUUCACUGGCUGAGUAAAGGUUCGGAGGUAACUAUUUCCAAACGUUGUCUUGUGAAGUUUUCCAUUGGUUCUGUAUACGAAGAUGCUUUGUGGUGUGAUGUCGUGGUUAUGGAUGCUUGUCAUCUGCUAUUGGGACGACCUUGGCAAUACGACAGGGAGGUAAUUCACGAUGGUAAGCUAAACACAUAUUCAUUCUUGUUCAAAUCGACUCGCAUCACGUUAGUACCUGCCAAGGAGACUGUGCAGAAACCACUCUCUAAUCUGGCUUCCAAUUUUCUGUCUUGGCGUACGUUUGAGACCGAGAUGAUAGAUGAGGGUAUUUUGUUCAUCUUGUGUGGUCUUUCUCUUGCAUCUGCGACGGCUGUGGAGGUUCCGUCAUGUAUCCAGGGAGUAUUAUCGGACUUUGCGGACAUUUUUCCUGUUGACCUUCCGGAGGGGUUGCCUCCAUCUCGAGCUAUUCAGCACCGGAUAGACUUAGUACCAGGAUCGGUUCUUCCUAAUCGAGCUCAUUACCGUAUGAGCCCAAGAGAACACGAGGAACUACAACGUCAGGUAGGGGAGUUAUUAGCCAAGGGUCUCAUCAGGGAGAGUCUUAGUCCUUGUGCAGUUCCGGCGUUGCUCAUUCCUAAGAAGGACGGUUCAUGGCGCAUGUGUGUGGACAGUCGUGCUAUUAAUAAGAUUACGGUGAAGUAUCGUUUUCACAUCCCUCGUCUGGAUGCUGGACCAGCUUCAUGGUGCUACGAUUUUUAG